CCAAACAUGUUUUUAUUCCUCCAACAAAAAAAUGUUUUAGGGGUGGAAAAUAUAAUCCUAAACCCGUAAAUAACGCAUCAGACCCACCGCCUCUUCCUCCAAAAUACUGGUAAUAUUUAUCAGAAAUUUUUUGUAAUUGCCGACCAGUUAACAACAAUGGCCGGAGGUGGUAAUAACAAUAAACAAAAAUUGAAAAACAAAUCAAAGAAUCGAAAACAAUCACCAUCUGUAUUCAUUGAAGGCGGUUUAUUAUCCGAUUGGUCUCCAUCUUCAAAAGGGAAGGAUAAUAAUAAUAAUAAGGGAUAUAGUGGUGGUGGUGGUGGUAAAUCAUCAGGUUCUGGUUCCAAUUCAAAGCCUAAAUUGAAUGCUGUUGGUUAUACCUAUCCUCCGAUUGAUCUUCUUCCAGAUGAUGGUAGUGAUGAAAUCAACAAGUUGGAAGAGCCAGGAUCUAUUGAUUUGGUUGAUACCAAGGAAACCAAGAUUGUUGCUUCUGUUGGCAGAGCAACACUGGCACAAUAUGAAACUGUCAAAAAUACCUAUGAUUAUGGUGCAAGUUCAGAAGCGGAUGGUAUCUUUCAUAGAGGAUUAGGAUUUUGUGAGGAAGAAAAAGAUCCAUUUGUAGAAAACAAAGCUGGUUCUAUUUCUGAUUCGUCAUCCUCAGAGGAAAUAGAAACUGAUUUAUCGUCUCCUGAGAAAAAUUCAGGAUUCUUGUCCAUUGGAGGCUUGAAAUUAUACACUCAUGAUGUAUCUCAUGAUGGUGAGGGUGAUGAUGAUAAAGAUGAAGAAAAUGAUGAAGAAACCUCAGGCUCUUCAGAGUCCGAAGUUUCCUCUAACUCGUCUGAUAGUGAUGACUCAUCUGAUAUAGACGAUGAGAUCGCUAAAGAUUAUAUUGAAGGAAUUGGUCGGAGUUUUAAAGAUGCAAGUGAUGAAGAGCAUGCCGAUGUUUAUGGGGUUGAUAUUGAUGAAACUAUAAAGAGGUUGGGAGGGAUCACACUUCAGGAUGCAUCAAGGGAGUAUGGCAUGAAGAAACCUCGGUCAAGAAAGAAAAGUGAAAUUCAACCAAAAUCUAUCAAAGUUGAAAGUUGUACAGAUGAUUGGUCUGCUAUAGACGAUCUUAUGUUUGUUAAAGAUCCUCGAAUUCUUUAUGCUCAAAAGAAGAAACAUGCUGCAAAAUCGAGGGCUGAAAAGAGUAACCAUUCUAGGAGAUUUCCAGUGAUCGUUUCAGGUGAGAAGAAGAAACAACGUCAAGAUAAAAUUGCUUCAAAGCGUCGAGAAAGAAUGAUAAAACGAGGUGUUGAUCUCGAGCAAAUAAAUUUGAAAUUAGAGCAGAUGGUGCGGAACAAUGGAGAUAUCAUGUCAUUUCAACUUAUGCACUCUCGGGAUUGUUCACAGAUCCAAAGAUUGGCAUCAAUUUAUCACUUACGUAGUGGCAGUCAAGGUUCGGGCAAGAGGCGAUUUGUGACUGUUACACGAACAGAACACACUGGGAUGCCAUCAUCAGAUGACAGGGUUCGCCUUGAAAAGUUAAUUGGAGUCAGCAACGAAGAAGCUGACUUUUCAGUUAACACUACCCCAUUUACCAAGAUGAGCUCAAAUAAAAGUAAGAAGGCUUCCAAAGGAACCUCUGGUUUAAGCCCGUUAGAUUCGAGAUUGACCAAAAGCAAGACUUUUAGUGAAUCAAGCAAGAAGAAAAGGAGAGAGAACGACAAAACUGACACUUACGCUACACAACCCGUGUCAUUUAUCUCUAGUGGUAAGAUGGAAUCUGAAUUAGAGGUGACACCCAUUGAUGAAUCAAAGCUAAGACCCCAAACUGCCAGCUCGUCAAGCUAUGGUGCUUUCGAGAUGCACACAACGGGUUUUGGUUCAAGAAUGAUGGCAAAAAUGGGGUAUGUAGAUGGAGGUGGGUUGGGGAAGGAUGGUAAAGGAAUAGCAGAGCCCAUUCAAGCGAUCCAACGGCCAAAAUCACUCGGAUUAGGAGCAAUGGCUCCCGAAACAGAGCCUGUAGACACAACCCCACCACAAAGAUUUAACAGGUCAUCAGGCCAAAGCUCUAAGGGUACAGAAAGUAGGGGAAAAUCUAGAAAUCCACAAUUCCGGUCGUUUGAAAGGCAUACAAAAGGAUUUGGGUCAAAAAUGAUGGCCAAAAUGGGGUAUGUUGAAGGGACGGGUCUUGGGAGAGACUCACAGGGCAUUGUUGACCCUCUUGUGGCUAGCAGGCUUCCGAAAUCUAGAGGUUUGGGUGCAAAUGGUUAGCUGUAUCUUUUCAUCUGAGUAAUUUAUAGUCAGCAGCCAACAAAACUAGUUCUUCAGCAAAAAAACAACAUAAGCGAUAACAUACCACGGAAAAUACAUGACCUUAUUUUGUAAGUUGAUUGUGUUUUAACAUGUACCAUGCAAUCUUUAUGCAUUGGAAUUCAUGAAUAUUGCUAAACCAAGCAAGACCUUAAUUUAUAUUUAUAUAUACAAUAUUUCUGUUG